AAGCUCAACAGUGCCUUUUACGUACCCACAGUAACCCAAAUUAGUGAUGGCAUUUCAAGGCUGUCUACGCAUUGGUCUCCCGGUCGUUUUUGGCUCAUUUACUUGUAAAAGCGCUGCUAGUACUCCAAGCCCUACCCCUACCCCUAUCCCUUCACUCAACCGGAGCAGUUUUCCUCCUGGUUUCAUUUUCGGGACGGCAUCAGCGUCUUACCAGUAUGAAGGUGCAGUAAAUGAAGGCGGCAGAGGACCAAGCAUAUGGGACACUUUCACCCAUACAUAUCCAGAUAAGAUAUCGGAUGGCAGUAAUGGAGAUGUGGCUGUUGAUCAAUUCCAUCGCUACAAGGAAGACGUCGGAAUUAUGAAGGAGAUGGAAGUAGAUGCAUACAGGUUCUCAAUAUCAUGGUCUCGAAUUUUACCAAACGGAAAGCUAAGUGGGGGUGUGAACCAAGAUGGAAUUAGAUACUACAACAAGCUCAUCAAUGAGCUCCUGGACAAAGGUCUAAAGCCCUUUGCGACACUUUUUCAUUGGGAUUUACCCCAAACCUUAGAAGAUGAGUAUGGUGGUUUCUUAAGUCCUCGCAUUGCUGAUGACUUUCGGGACUACGCUGAGGUUUGCUUCAAGGAAUUUGGUGACCGUGUAAAGCAUUGGAUCACACUAAAUGAGUCAUACACCUUCAGCAGUAGUGGUUAUGUAGUUGGGACAUCAGCACCUGGUCGAUGUUCCAGUUGGCAAAAUCUGAACUGCACCGGUGGAGAUUCAGGCACAGAGCCAUAUUUGGUCUCCCAUCACCAGCUUCUUGCUCACGCAGCCGCUGUUCAAGUCUACAAACAAAAAUAUCAGGCCGAACAAAAAGGUGUAAUAGGGAUUACGCUAGUGACUAGCUGGUUUGUGCCAUUCUCUGAUUCGACGGACAACCGUAAUGCUGCGCAACGUGCCCUUGAUUUCACGUUAGGAUGGUUUUUAGACCCCUUGACAAAUGGUGACUAUCCCCAUAGCAUGCGAGCUCUCGUUGGAAAGCGAUUGCCCCAGUUCACAGAAGAGCAAGCGAAGCUGGUAAAAGGGUCAUUUGACUUUCUCGGAUUAAACUACUAUACUGCCAAUUAUGCUUCCGACGCACCUGGCCUUAAUUCUGGCAAGCCAAGCUACUUGACUGAUUCUCUUGUUAAUCUCACCACUGAGCGCAAUGGGAUCCCCAUUGGUCCACAGGCUGGAUCAAGUUGGCUCUUUGUUUACCCUUCAGGAUUUCUGGAUCUUUUGCUUUAUGUCAAGGAGAAGUACAAUAAUCCACUAAUCUAUAUUACCGAGAAUGGAGUUGAUGAGGUCAAUAAUCCCAACUUGUCGCUCGGGGAUGCCCUUGUGGACAACCACAGAAUUGAAUAUCACCAUAGCCAUCUUUCCUAUCUUCGUCAGGCUAUCAUGGAAGGCGUAAACAUUAAAGGAUACUUUGCAUGGUCAUUAUUAGACAACUUCGAAUGGGAUGCAGGAUACACCGUUCGGUUUGGCAUCUAUUAUGUAGACUUUAAGAAUGGACUUAAAAGACACCCUAAGCUUUCAGCUGAUUGGUUCAAGAAUUUCCUGAAGAAGUAGACAUGAAAAUGAUAGACCUAUCUAUUAUCAGACCUUGUCCAAUCAAUAAACUGAUCAAGAAAGUUUCUUCUUGAUCUUUUAAUAAUGUCAUUAUUGUUAAUUUGUAUAAGACUCAAAUGCUUGUUAAAUAAAUUGGAGGCCAUUUCAUGUCCAA